AGAGUCAUCCUUUGUGUAUCGUAGAUAGUAAUCUGCCGUACAGUCGAGAGCGGAAUAUUGAAAAAUUUUGCAAAACAUUUUCCUUCACCGAGCGCUCGUCACUGAUGAUCGAAGUGUGUCGAAGGCAGGAAGAAACUGUUUUUCUCGGUUCGGGCUUAGAAAAGGAAGUGAUCUUUUUUUUUUGUUUUCCGGGUACAUGCGAGUGGUUCAGUUUUAUGGUCAAACUGACUGGCAAUCUUCAUGUGGGAAAAAUUCUUCUUCAAAAUUUUUAACCAAAGCUCGAGAUUGAAGAUAAAUACGUUUUAAGAUAUCAGCGAGAAUAGUGCUUGUAUGGGAAAAUGUCUGCUGUCAGCGAGCAGGUAACGAAAAUUUUCUGUGCAGUGGAAUAGUGAAAAAGGAGCUCUCAGGAUCGUUGUGUAAAGUGGCGAAAACCGAAAACGGAAUAAGCUCAAUCCAAACGCCGUUUUGUGAACUGUGAUGUGCAUCUUCAGGCCGAAAUCGAGCUACUGAAAAACGCUCUGGCCGACAAGCAUUCCCAGCUGCUGGCCAUGGAGAACGCUUGUCUGCAGGAAAGUGACCGCCAGGUGGAACUCGAAGACAGCAUCAUCGCGUGGCAGGACAAGUACGAGCGGCUGUACGAAUCACACAAACGCGUCCAGAAGGUCAACCAGAACCUGGAGGACAAACUGCUGAAGUUGGUGGAUCGGAACUCGGGCGAGCGGGCACAGCUGACCAGUGAUGUGGCGACCCUCAGCGUACGGCUGGCCCAGGCCAACUACAAUGUUCAGAGCCUGAAGCGGGAGAUCGAACGGUACAAAACAGACAUUAGCGUUGCCAUCCAGCUGUUGCAGUGCAAACCGGACAGUUUCGUUUCACCAAAGCUUUCGUCGCUUCCAAUCGAAAUCCAGUCGAAGGUCUCCACGUAUAUGCGGCUCGAUACCAACUCCCACUCGGACUCGGAGGGCAGCACCAGCGGGGUGGGAGUGGCAACCGCUAGCUCCUACCACGUGCUACCGGCAUCCGACAGCCCACCGCCAAUGUGUCCCUUCCCACCAACCGCCAUGGUAUACUCGAUGCGCGGACUCGAUGCCAAUCAGUCGCCAGCAAAAGACGGUAUUGGAGGCAGUGGUGGUGGAGGUGGAGGUGGAGGAGGAGGAACAGGAACAGGAACAGGACUUGUUGGUAAAGUUCAUUCGCAGCAGGACACGCUGUCCCUGGGUAACAUAAACAGUGGUGAUAGUUUUCUCGGGUCUGGCCGGGCCACUCGCGGUGACCACAAUGUGGUGUCUCCCUCGGUGAUGGCAAAGUUUCUCGAAGAUGAACUGAAAUCUAGUGAAGCGUUAUUGAACUCCCCGGUGAAGCAUUGCGACACUUGCAUCUGUACCAGAAGCACUUCGUUAACGAGCGGUGCACUGAUUCUAGCGGAUCUACUCGGGGAUGGACAAAAAUAUUACAGUGUCGGCACACAGACCGUCAUCAAGGGAGAAACCAAUAAUUCGCUCUGUUUAAGGUGCAACAAUAAUCUGAACUCACCGUCCCAUAACAAUAGUCCAUACAUUAUGAAGCUUAUCAAGUCCAGCGACAGCGUCAUAUCGGAAACCAAAAGCAGUGUUUCGGAUUAUCUCACUACCCCGGAUAAAACGUCACCCAAUGGAGUGGGUAGUGUUCCGGUGCCCGUGCAGUCCACUAAAAAAGAUGAUUUGAUGGUAAAUCCAAUCCUGGGGCACCAUCGUAUAGGCGACAGAACCAGUGCUUACAACAGUACUUCACCGAACUCGGACCCACCCGCGUCGGCAUCCGUCCUUGGACUGGCAAAAAGCAACACCAUGUCAACCGGAAGCAGUAACGGAAAGCAGCCAAUCAUAAACCAGAACAAAAAACAGUUGGAUCUAACGAAAAACAAAAUCCAAAGCACGAUGACAUCCUCGGCGAUUGGAAACAAGUAUAGUAGCGAUUCGCCGUCGUACAUCAUCAAAGAUACGGAUCAGAUGAGUGGAAGUCACACGUUGCAAACACCCAAAUCGGGCACUGGUGGGCCAACGACCCUGGAAAGCACCAACGGGUUGGGUAAAAUCGCGGGCGGUGGACGAGGCAGUGGGCUGUACCAUGCCGUUGGCAGUACGAAUAGCUUGUGGAGCAGAACUAGUAGCCGGGAGCGGGAUGGUGCUAAGAUAUUCGAGAAUUUUAACCGGAAUCUCAUCAAAACCAUUAAGGCCGAAAAUCCCAAAAUGUCCGGCCCGCGAAUUUGUGCAUUGCGAAUCCAGAACGGGUCGAGCAACAUUCUGCUGGACAGCCUGCAGGAUGACGCAUCUGAGGUGGAACAUCCACUGGAAACCAAACCGUCACCGGCUCCGGUGAUCUACACUCGGAGGGCAAAAUUCCUCGACGAAGAGCUGCUGUUGGAUGAUGAUCCGUCGAUUGGGCUGAAUGGUGCGAUCAAGACUACAAGUCUGCCAACUGCGAAUUCCAGUGCAAAUGUCGCAACAGGAGAUGGUAAACCACACACGGCAAUGUCUAACGGUGCAGUAGGGAAUGGUUUCGGCUCAGAAGCCAACAAGAGUGCCGGGCUAGAAACGAUGUCGAAAGACGUGUGUAACAUGAGUACGACGACAUCUCCACAUUCUUCCGAUAGGCUUUGUACGAUCGGGGAAGACGUGAACAACUUACUGUUGACUACGAAGAUCAGUUCAAAUACGAUCACCAACAAACCAAGGCUGGAUAUCAAUGUAAACAAACUGGAUGGGAUCGAUAUUAAUUCGAAAAAAUCUUGUACCCAGUCAAGUUCGAUUUCUAGCGAAAUUGACAUUCAAGAAAGUGCGAUGCUUAGGCGGCAGCAGCUCACGCGAGUCGCGGAAUGGGUGCAAAAUAAUUCCAAAAUGAGUAAUCCCGGAAAUCAGAGCAACACUGAGUCCGAUAAUGAAAUUUUAGCUCUCGCUUCAAGUAUUCCACUCAUUACAGCUGAUAAUUUUAACAAUAACGUCCCAAGCAGGGUAGCGAAAAUGGCAGAAUCGAGGGGCAUCUGUAGCAAGGACUUAAAACCAGUAGCUAGUGAUAUGAAAAUUAGUCAUAGUAACAACAGUAGCACUAAUAUGACACAAGUAGUACCAAGCGGUAAUGUUCUCGGCAAUAUCAAUUCCUACAACAAUAAUCAUAUAAUCGGCAACAGCAUAACGGUUGGCAGUAACAAUACAUUUGCUCAAACUAACAAUGCAAGCACCUCGAUCAGAGGUCAUAUCUACUCUAGUCAUAAGUUAGCCGCUGAUAGUAAUGCCGCCCAGUUGGACUACAACAGCAACAGCCACAGCACGUCCCAACCAAGCAUCAACAUGUUAGGCAGUAAGCUUUCGCUUCUCGAGUGCUCCAGACAGCAACUUGACAAUUCACAACUACAUAAUCAGCAUCAGGACGGUUAUCCCGAUGUCGAUCACGGCAAUGGCGUAGAUUUGGCCCAAAUGGAGUACAACGUAAAGCAAUUCCUACUGAAACAAAACGAAUGGUCUUCGCUCUCGAGGAGACUGUCUUCGUCGACGGUGUCGGGUACGGUUGAUCAACAGCCGCCAGUGCCGGUUGCCGAAGAACCGGUGCGGAAAAUGUUGGCCGGAAAUAAGUCGAGCAUACAGGGGCGCAGUCGAUCGGCAAUAGGGUGGAACAUUGAGGGAGAAGCUACCAAGGGUAGUUUUCCCGGUACUGCCGUGCCAGAGACAGCACAAUUUCAUGCGAACAAAUACUCCAAAAAUCCGCACAGGACCGAGACAAAUCUGUAAGAUCUGCAAGACUUUAGACGUAUGGAUGUAGUGUUGAACGGUGGUUUCUGAUUUGAUUUGGAUAACUGGCGCGGACGUUGAGUUUAGCGGUGAACUGAGAAAGAUUUCGUCACUUGGGAAAUGGAGAACAAAUCAUUUAGUUGGGCAGUUCUUGCUAAUGCAUUUCAAUCUUGGUCGAAAAAGAUUUGAUGAAAAUUCCAAACCAGUGCUGUUGUUAAUCUAUUUGCUUUGGUUAGUUGCUAGCUUCUUUAAUGAGGCGCCAUAAUUUCUUUGGCGCAGGGGCGCAAUGCAAUUGGUUGAAGAUUAAAUUUAAUUUUUUUGAACUUGUCUUUGACGAAUUUUGCAUUUUUUAGAUUUUGCUGCACGAAGCGUUUCUAUUACAGUGUUUAGUGAAAUGCACUCAGCUGCAAUUUUUAAACUUGAUUUGAGAUGCAGAUGCUUGGCAUCGUGCCCCGGAGAACUUCCUCCCCCCUUAAAUUCAUAUUUGGUUUAAAAUUGUUUUUUGAUAUUAUGAAUUUAUUCGAAUUUAAACUGCAUUUCGACUGAAGAACUAUCAAAGAUUCUAAGUUAUUCGCAUUUCACUAUGAAUUUAAUACAUUUAUUGAAUAAAUUCAGGACUUUGUUUAAUUAAUCGAAUAAAGCUCAAGCACUCUCUUAUUUCUAUUUAUUCACAUUUAGCUACAAAAAUUGUUAGAAUAACCUUUAAAAAUCCUAAUAUAUGAAUCAUCAAAUUAUAUGCGGAAAAAUAGUGAUAUGUUUUCUUUUAUAUGUCGAAUUAAUAAUUAAUAAUUUUUAUAAGUUAAUUAAUAAUUAACUUCUAAGCUCUUCUAAAAUAUUUGAAUCUAAUAACAAUGUUUUGAAAUUAAUAUUUUAUUUUGUAACAUUUUUAUAAAGCAUGUUCAAAUUCUAGUGUUGUUAUUUAAGGGAUAAACAAACUGGUUUGGUCAGUUAAGUCAAUGGUGAGAAUUUAACAUCUUUGUGGUGCCGAACAACAUCUCAUAUAGAAAGGUUAUGCAAUCACUUGAAAAACCGACUAGUGAAAAUUGGCCCAUUCGACUCAGUUCAUCGAGCUGAGCAAUGUCUGUGUGUGUGUGUGUGUGUGUGUGUGUGUGUGUGUGUGUGUGUGUGUGUGUGUGUGUGUGUGUGUGUGUGUGUGUGUGUGUGUGUGUGUGUGUGUGUGUAUGUGUGUGUGUAUGGGUCAAAUAAUCUCACUAGGUUUUCUCGGAGAUGGCUGAACCGAUUUUGACAAACUUAGAUUCAAAUGAAAAGUCUCGUGGUCCCAUACGGAAUGCCUGAAUUUCAUCCGGAUCCGACUUCCGGUUCCGGAGUUCUAGGGUAAAGUGUGUUCAAUAUUGUACACCGUCACUUAAAAUAUUUUUGGAUGCAAGAAACAUUUAAAUCGUAAUUUAGUAAUUUAGUGCGUACUAGUAGUGUUUGUGUAUCAUGUUAGUUGGUGACCGUACGAACCGACUUUGAUUAUACUGGUUCUCCGGUUCCGGUGCCGGAAGAGCAUAUAAUAGUGAAACCACUUCGCUUUCUUGAGGAUGACAUACGCAAUCAAAGCACUGUUUUAUUCUGUAUGUUAUACUAGUUAAUGGACAAACAAUCUCUUGGUUUCUUUCAAAAAUCGAAGAGAAAAAAUUUAAAUAGAAUACUCCAAUAUUAUAUGUAAAUGAGAAAGGCAUCGUUACACCACUAGGUGAAUUAAAAUAGGUUUUUUUUUAUUCCAUCCUGAGUUCAUGCUGAACAAAUUAGUGAAACAUGCACGCAAAGCUAUGCAUCAGCUUGAGCGCAUUCAUCACAUUUAUCUAUUUCGAAUUAUCAUUAAGAACCAAUUUCACUUUCUUUCAUUGAAUUCUACUGUCCACUGUCACCUCAUUACACAGGUGUAAUAAUUAAAAUACAGAUACCAGUCCCUAUCUAAUUUUAUAGUCUUCGUCAAUGUAUAUGUUUGAAAAUAAAUAAUAUUUUGUCCGUUAAAAUAACACUUCACCAGUACCUUAAGGUACUGCUGUCAACAAAUGUUUAUUUGUGCUGAUAUAUCAGUAGGAUGAGAAUAGGGAUGCCAGAUUUUCACAGAUUCUGGAAUAAAUCACAGAUUUUUGAAAUCGAGAAAUCGAGUACAGUUUAGCAUCAAUAAGUACAGACUGACUUCGAUCUGCUAUUAUGGUACGGGAAACGGGCACAGAUUUUCACAGACAGGUUUUUGACUUGAUGACAGAUUUUUGAAAAAAUGUCCUGACAUCCCUGGAUGAGAAUGUUCGGUAGCUCGGCUGUUCUAAACUCGUCAAAAGAUGAAAAAAAUAUUUAGUGUUUAGUGUGUAGAAUUCUGCUUGAUAAAAAUACUAGCCGAAAUUUAAAGCCUUUCGGUCAGUAUUGGAAAUGAAAAUCUCUUCGAUGUAGUUACAAUACUCGAAAGAGCAAGUAGACUAAAAGUAUCUGUUACUUGCUGCUGCGGCCUUUUUUAAUUUUUUUCUAGAAACUAGUUCGACUAACUCUGCUAGAAAUAUUUGUUGCGCUGGACUUCGCACCGAGAUAUUAAUGCAGAAUCGGCAUUAUUUGACGAACAUUAAAUAGAGCGACAAACCAGAUAAAAUUUAAUAUCUCAGAACAGCGAUCAAAAAUUAUUGUUUCCAAAUGCCCUAAUUCAAUUAAUAAUGAAUCCGGACCUGUAGUUAGAGCUCUAUAUGAACAACAAAUAAUAAUCGAAAUAGCAUUACGCAAGUUUUAAUAUAGAGCAAAUAUUUAACUGCAUUCGAUUCUGUUAGUUGGAUUUCUUUAAAGAAUAACGCGAAGGCUGGAUUGUAUUUGUUGUGUUAACGGACGCGAGUUUCAUCAUUCAAAAGUUUAUGCUUAUGCUCUUUCACUGCUCAAAAUAUUGUCGUUCCACUUUCCAGGGGAUUUUCGUAUUAUGGGAGCAAAUUAUACGAGUUGUACGGGGAGACGAACAACAAAAUGGUUUACUGGUAUACGAGAGUCUUCAUAUGUAGAUCCAAGAAUACGGAACGCAGUUUGUCUCCAUGCGUAAAUCGCUUGCCAAAUAAAAAACUCAUGAGAAAUUCCGAACUUCGAGUCAUUCCCUAGUUCCCUGGUUUGUCACAUUUGCACAAAAAUGUAUUUAUUUCGAUAUCCAAUUUUAGAUUUUGAAAUUUUGGCAUGGUUUGAUUGAUAAAUAGUGUGACAGACAGCGAGAUGAAACUUCCUCCUGCCUGCGUAGUUCUCUGGGAUUAGUUAGUCUACUUGCCGUAUUAAUAUGCAUCCAAAGUGGUAACCUGCCUGUUAACUGUGUAUGUUAGUAAGAUAAUCAAAUCAGUUUUUGACUAAGCUGAAAAUAUUUUAUUUGUAAAUGCAGUUAUAUGCUGAACGCAGAUUGGUCUACGCUUACCAAUACUGACCAGAGUUCAUUGAGCUGUCGAAUUAGUUUUCGUUACACAAGAACUGUUCUGUUCUAAUAAAAAUAGUGGAAAAGGUAUACCCGUUAAGCUAGUUAAUAAUGUGGGAUUUUUUUUAUUGAUUGUAAGUAGGUUCAGGAAACGUUAUUCAAAGCAGUUUCAUUCAAAAGAUUUGCAUUUUUCCAUCUUCCAACCAACUCACGAAUAUCACAUCGAAACAAAUAUUUAUCUUUUCAAGCGUUCCAGUCCUGCAGCUAUUUUUACACAACGUCAUAACUAGUGAAAUGCGUGGGACAUCGAUGGAAACAAAUAGUAAUCGAAAAGGGCCAAAUCUGGGCAGUAUGGCGGGCAAAAGUUUCCGUUUGAGUUCAGAAAUUGUUGUUUUGACCACUUUCGUUGUGUGUACGGAGGUGUUGUCAAGUUGCAAAAUGACUUUAUAAUUGCAAGAUAAGGGUUCUAGAUCUGGAUUUUGGAACAAAAUUUCUGGAACUCUGGAACUUCCGUUUCUGACAUUAUUUCCAGAGUUUCGUUUCAGAUUUUAAUUUUCAAACUUAAUUUCAGAAUGCAUUUCCUUAAUUCAGGUUCAGAAUUCUAUUUAAGAAUUCAGUUCUAGAAUUAAACUUGGAAGAUGGAAUUUAAAAAUGAAUUCUGUACCAGAAUUUCGUAACUUGAUGAGAGUAUUCAUGAGCUAAACUCUUGAUCUGGAUUUCGAACCAGAAUUUUGUAACUGAAUUCGGAGCCAGUUCCAGGUUCCGAAUUCAAUUUUUAUUCCGUACGAAAAAAAGUACUCAGCAGUUGUAAACAUCGGAUGAGCUUAUGUAUGUUGUCUACGAAAAAAAUAACGUAUGUUAGUCUACAAAAAAAACAACCACAACAUUGUUUGUUGUAUUGUUUCACUCUCAUUCCUACAGCGAAUAUGAGGUAAAAUAUGUCUGUCGUCAAUAAGUCAAUUUUCAGGAAACCGUUACAAUUCUUGAAGCGAAUCAAAAUUUGUUGCAAAAUUUCCACAAUCAAUCAACUUAUACGAACGGCUAUUGAUAUUCGUAAGUGAGAAAGAAGUAUGUCAGUUUAAUUCGUAUUCACGUUCACCAGUUAUGUCUCUGACAUUACCGAUCCGCCUUUUCGAUCUUAGCCACUUAUGCAUCAGAAAUCUCAUAUUUGUAAACUAUUCAUUUUUUAUUUCGAUUAGCUUUCAACAUUUUGUUGACUUACCUGUCGGGUCGGUAAAACUUCCUGACCACAGCUCGUGGUUGGGAACCUGCCCGAAAGUAGGCUGCGUUAAAGGCGAUGGUCUAACUAAUUACGCGAUACCAAGAAGCGGCAUUUGGCAUAAUUUUCAGAACUUUUUUUUUAAAUUUUGGAAAAGAAUUUGGCCAAUUGACCUAUUCAGUCUCAGGCAGAGAAAUGCGUACUGAAAAUACUUUUUCGAACUCGACAAUUAUCGACACCCCAGUUUACGCUCCACAUCAUCGCCCAGUUAUCCACUCCAGAAACGUUAUAGAAGUCAAUGACAAAGCACACUAGAUAUUAGUUAGCAAACAGCAGCAGUAGGUCCAAUCGUAACAGUAACGCACUUGCCUGUGGUUUGAGUUAUGAUCUUAGAUCACAAUCCCAUUUAUUUGUAAGUACCCUUAAUUCAGCUGUGUUAUUGAAAAGCCAAAAAGAAGCUCCCUUAUACAACCAAAAAAAUAGCUAGUCAAUGUAAUAAUUGUGAGAAUUAAUUCGAGCUCGUGUCGUUUUCCUAUGUUGUGGAAACUGUAUUGUUCAUGGAGGGAACACAAUUCCAAUCGGGUUGCCAGUAACGGUAAAAGAAGCAUGUAAAUAUCCGUCGAAUAACGAACAUUUGAAAUAAGUAGCCGGUACUUUCUUUCGACUUGGUGUUCAGUUGUAAGAUAAAUUAUGUAGAACAUUAACCCUGGAGAAAGCGACACAGUUUUGCUAUUCAGAAAACUCACUCGCGACAAACGUCUUAUCUAAGUCCAGUAACUAUUUGUUGUGUAUAGAAUCGAACCACUGUCGAAGAAGAAUGAAUCAGGUACGAGAAGAAAAAAAAAUGUUCUCAUUGAAUGCCUUGUUGAAUAAAUGUAACGUAAAAAAACAGUAAGGAAUGCAAAGUGCUAGAAAUAUCAAAAGGAAUGUGCUCGAUUCCCAAAGAUGUAUCCCGAGUAAACUAUCUAAAUGAAAAGUUACUAAUUAGGAAAGAUUAACUGCAACUCUACUGAAAGCGUCUUCGGUCGCUACGUCCGUCUAAUUUCCAGUCCCGAUGCAAUGCAGCGGACCAGCACGGAAUCGACUGGGAUCGAAAACCGCGGCCAUUUUGUUGCAUUGUGUUUAGUAUUGAGUUGUAAUAAGAUCACGUUUCUUCCGUUCCGCUACAAACUACAAACCAUAUAUCGCAUACAGUUGCAAAUGGCUGAACACAACCGAACAGCUUAAGAGCGGAAAUAUUUAUCCAACUUUAAAUUCUACGUUCCAUGGACAUGGACUUAUUUCAGAUCAUGCAUUCCUCUUGUACUGUGAAAACUAUAACUAUAUUAAAAAUCUACGUAACACAUGUUUAGUCUUAAUAGAUACUACUAUGCUAUUCUAUACUCUUCGGCAACCUAGUUGAGCUAUUGAUAAGUGAAGCUUAUUUUGAAUGGAAUAAUUUAUCGUAUUUACAAUCACUGGAUAGAAAUAAACAUGCCGGCUUUGUUGAUAUUUCACUGAUAUGAUACAAAACUGCUUGAGACCAUUUACACUACCUACUACAGAUCUGAAUUUUCAUUUGUAUCGAAUCAAAUGGUUCGAAAGAAAAAAUAAAAACAGUUUGUGAACCAAGUAACGCAUUGCGAACGCUUAACCAGGCCAGUGAAAAUAAAGAAAAAGAAAUAAACAAACUGCUAUAUUUAUACCUAACAAAUGUGUGAUGAGAACAAUCGUUGCUUUGAAUUAACACGAAAGGAUUCCUCUCGAAAACUGGUUAGUUAAAAGUGCCACCCACUCUGACCCGAGUGUCGGCACUAAUAACUAACCCAUCAGGCUGGUAGCUUCAAUCAGAUCUCACACUGUAUACUACUCAUCUCGUCAUGUCAGUAACGCUUGAGUGUAACAUUGCAAUUGUUGUAUUAUUUGCAAUACAGUCAAACAGCAACAAAAACACUUAACAA